UUGACGUUUGUUGGCAAUUACAUAACCUCAAUGUCUGUUUGUGUUGAGUUGUACAAUUUGAAAUGAUCAGUAAAUAAUUACCGUAGGAAUGGAAGCGGAAAAAGUAUCACUACUUAGAUACAGAGGCUCGAAAUUACAGCACGUUAAGAAACUCGACUUAUUUCCAAAGGUCGAUGAGAAAUGUAAAGAACAAACAUCCUUCGGCGGCACACUAUCAAUCGUUAGUUUCGCACUGAUUUUCUGGUUGGCCUACUCCGAGAUUAAUUACUAUCUGAAUAGCAAGUUUGUGUUUAAAUUUUCACCAGACAUUGACUUCGACGCCAAAUUAAAAUUAAAUGUAGACAUUACAGUUGCAAUGCCUUGCUCAAAUUUGGGCGCUGACAUUCUGGAUUCCACCAACCAAAAUACUUUCAAAUUCGGCUCAUUAGAAGAGGAGGACACUUGGUAUGAGCUGGCCCCAAAUCAACAGAAGUAUUUUGAAAAUCGCCAGCACUUUAAUACAUACUUAAGGGAGGAGUAUCACUCCGUCCAGGAAUUUUUGUGGCGCAGUAGUCAUACGAGUAUAUUUACUAAUAUGCCGGCGAGAAAUAAUAAACCCUUAAAGCCACAUGAUGCGUGCAGGAUUUACGGAUCGUUGAUUCUCAAUAAAGUAGCGGGAAAUUUUCAUAUAACUGCGGGUAAAAGUUUGAAUUUACCACGUGGUCACAUUCACAUAAGUGCAUUUAUGUCCGAUUCGGAUUACAAUUUCACACAUAGGAUAAAUAAAUUGAGUUUCGGCGAUCCCAGCCCCGGUAUUAUACAUCCAUUGGAAGGAGAUGAACAAGUUGCAAAUUCGAGUUCGGUGCUCUACCAGUAUUUUAUUGACAUAGUGCCCACAAGUGUCAACACAUAUUUAUCUACGGUUGAAACUUAUCAGUACAGCGUGAAAGAGUUGAGUCGACCCAUUGACCAUGGUAAGGGUAGUCAUGGAAUGCCGGGAAUAUUUUUUAAAUACGAUGUGUCGGCUUUAAAAGUUACCGUGCGACAGGAGAGGGAUAACUUUGGAAUGUUUCUUGCCAGACUCUGUUCCAUAAUUGCAGGAAUUUAUAUUUGUUCGAGUUUCAUCAACAGUUUUGUUCUGUCCUUGUUGCGAAUGUGUAGUAAGCUGACUAGGAGUAAAGAACUAAAGCAGCAUGUACACAUUCCAGAUGUGGUACCCGUCCAAACAUUGUAGUUUAAAUUGACUAUUAUUUUAUUUUGUUUACAUAAAUUUAUAUACUUGUUUUAAAUUAUCAGAAAUAAACAAACAAAAUAUGC